GUAACAACUCUAAAUCCUAAAAAAGGAAGUUUAAAUGGCGGAACUAGAAUAGUCAUUGAUGGAAGUGGAUUCGCCAGAGAUCAGUUUAAUUUCGGGGAGGGGAAUGAAAACAUUGGGAAUAUGGUAACAUUUGUAUCAUCUACUCAAACAUACCCUUGUGAGAUUGAACAAGAUGGUUCACAUGAGCAACAACUGAUGUGUUACACAGUGCCUAUGCCAGAAGAUAACUAUUAUGUUCGGAUAUCGGUAGAUGGCGUGGAUGUACCGGAAAACAAGCAUUGCCCUAACAACAUGGAUAAUUGUAAAUUUAGGCCGGAAUCUGACUACACACCAACCAUAACUGGCAUCAGUCCACGCUCGGGAAAACCAGGAGCGAAGAUUCAGAUCAGGGGUCGACUGAUCAGUGAUCGAUAUGGCAGUAAUAUACCGUUUAGUUCUAAUGGUUUAUCUCAGAAAAUUCUCAGGGUGUAUUUAGGAGGUCAGACGUGUGAACUGAAAAAUCUCGAAACAGAUGAAUUUUAUGGUUUAGCUCUGGAUAACGAAGGUAGAAGUUGGAAUGGUGAAAUGAACUGUAAAACAGACGGUACAUUUAUUGGACAUAUGAAUGCCAGUUUUCUUGUUGAAGAUUAUGGAAGAUCCUUACCCGACCCAGACGUACUAAAGAUCAGCAGUACAGACAAAAUACACAUGUACCAAACCUAUACCGGCAUCUCAUCUAUAUCCCAUGCUACUGGUAGUAAAAAUGGAGGGUUAUUACUCACUAUCAAUGGCAAACAUUUUGAUGAAACUACAGCACCGGUCAAAGUUAUGGUUGGAGAAACUGAAUGUAUUGUACAAGGUGAGAUACAAGAUGAACAGAUAGUAUGUGAAGUAGCUCAAGAACCUGACAGAAAUUCUAAGCAUUACAAAAUACUUCCAGGUGGGCGUGGUCUGGUACAUCACAUCUGGAACGAAACAUCCAAGAACAGUGACAACCUAGAGGAGGUUCUAGACUUAACAUCAGACGCCGAGGAUCAUUCGUCCAGUAUCAUAGACCAGAUGGAAUAUAGUUCCACUGAUAAAUUUAACUAUGUAGACAGUAUUGAGGGCUUCUUCAUUCCACCAAAAACUACAGACUAUAUCUUCUACAUCAUGGUAGAUGACCAAGCUAAACUUUAUCUUAGUACUGAUGAAAACCCGGCUAAUAAGAGUUUGAUAGCGGAAUCUACAUUCAUUAAUGGUCGAUAUACCUAUUUCUCUCGUAGCCAGCAAGCGUCUGAACUUAUUCCACUGAUAAAAGGAAAGAGCUACUACAUUCAGACUAUUAUGAGACAAGUGUAUGGUCCAUCCUUUAUCAAGGUAGCAGCUAGAACUCUAGAGUCAGAUUUUACUGAUGAAACCAGUGGAAUGGUGUGGAUGGAAAAACAGAAAAUUGUGGUGAACUCUAUCGUUACUAAAGAUGUCAUUGUAAGUUCAACAUUGAACAUAACCCAACCAGCAUCAACCUACCCAGCUGUAUCAGAAGUACAAACAGUGAUCGUAGAUGGCCCUGGAGAAUGUACAUUUAGACUUGGUUUAUAUGGAGCAUACACAGGUAUUAUUAUCUUUUCUAUCAGAGAAACUAACUUUCGGAAAACUUUGCUUCUUCAUCAAGUUCUGAGUGAAGCCUUAGAAGCUAUACCAGGUCUGUCGCCAGAUACAGUGACUGUUACCAAUACUCCAACAGAUGCCGGUGCUAGUAUUGUAGUCACAUUCCAAUCUGAUAAAGGAGACUUACCAGAGUUGUCCUACUUGAUCAGUGAAGAAUUCGUGAACCUGACAACAAUAUCUGUCAGUGAAACAACUAAAGGUGUAUCUAGUUUAGAGAAAUUCCAGUUUAUAAUGGACGAAACACCAUCUCCGGCGAUAUCAACAACAGCUACGGCAGCAGAGGUAGAGGCAGCUUUAAUAAGUAUGUUCAGCGUCCAGUGCCCAGCUGUGCUAGGAAAUCCAACUGGAACAACAUUUUUUCAAGACUAUGAGGGUGGUUUUAGUGGUAAUUUCGGGUCUCCUGUAGCUAACAUUGAACCAUUCUGUGGUCGACGAUCAGCAAGGAACCCGUAUUUUGUGUUCUACAAAGGCGGAAAUGAUAAAAAUGUUUUGGGAAAACCAAUUUCACAAUUCAAAGCGGUGAAUCUUCUAUGUAUGGCAUAUAAAGGAUAUUUGACCAGUAUUAGAUUAAGGUAUAGUUAUGAAGAUGGGGCAGGAGUUAUCAGAAGAGCGGCUGCAACUUGGAGGAUUUCUGCGGAGACACCAGAUGAAUGGGUGUUUUCAUGCUAUGAUAUGUUAGAUAUAGUGAAAGCUCAGCGACCUGAUGGUACAGAUUAUCGUGCUGAUUGGAUCACUGUUUCUAGAGCUACUGAUACUGAUCUAUACGUUGAUAGUGUUUCUUUAGCUAGAGAUCUACUGUCUACAGAUCCAGAUGUAUCGAAACAAAGAAUGUCCCCAGCCAAACCUAAUGGAGCCUUAAUAAGAGAUGUGGACGUAACCAGUUCUUCUGAGGGAGUUUAUGAGAUCACGCUCGAUCCUUAUGAAUGUGGGUACGACUUUCCAUUGCUGCAGAUUGCACAUGCUCAGAUGACUUCUGGUAGUGUGGAUAAGAAUAGCAGUGAAGCUGUAUUUGGUAUCUGUAAUGGUGCCAGCUGUAUGGAAGCAUCUCUUAACAGAACCAGUAUGGCGUCUGUUCCUAUUGAAGGCUCAUUUACAGUCUCUUUUAAAGGAGAAACUAGCCGAGCUAUCCUACCAACCUCAACGGCUAAACAGGUUACAGAAGAGUUGGAAGCAUUAGCAGAAUUCGGUGAUUUGGAAGUUACAAAAUCUGGAGAUUGUGCCAACUUUGGCUUUGAAAUCAAAUUCUUGAGCAAAGGUGGUGAUCAGCCUGAAAUCUCGGUUAACGGUAGUCUAUUAACUGGUAGCAAUGUCACUUCAGAGGUACAACAGAUCCAAGAUGGUGGCCAAUGGUAUGACACCAUACCUGGUGAUUUACUGAGAACCAUGCACGACAAACCACAGGUACAAGUUUAUAUCAACAACCUACCGACUACCUGUGAUGGAGACUGUAGUUUUGAAUGGACCACAGAAAGUACACCACAGAUAAUAUCUGUUAAUCCCACCUCAGGUACACUUGCGCUCGGUACAUCAAUUGAUGUCCAAGGAUCUGGAUUCGAUGAAACAAUGUCUAACAACAAAGUUAUGAUUGGCGGAGUGGCCUGUACCCCCACUUAUACCAAUGAAACUCAUAUAACCUGUGAUGUUGGAAAUGGACCAACCGGAAUUCAUGAGAUCAAGGUCAUGAUUGCUGGAAAAGGGUGGGCUAGUGGUUCUGUCACCUUUGAGUAUCUAUCUGCUAUUACUAACGUUGCUCCAGCUAUUGGAAGUAUCGGAGGUGGAACGGUGAUCACUUUAACUGGAUAUGGUUUUAUCGAUACUUCAACAGUUACUGUAGAUGGUGCUGAUUGUCCUGUGAGCUCUCUGGAACCUGGACAGAUAGUCUGUACUACACCACAAGCGGCCACAACUGCUGGUGGUUUAGUAGACGUGCUUGUAGAUCAGGAAUCAUCUUCCCUGACUUCACCUACUCAGUUUAAUUAUGAUGCUUCCUCCACCAGUACACCAGUUAUAACUUCAGUUUCACGGUAUACUAGUGUUAUUGAAGGUGGCGAAACUAUAAUUAUAUCAGGAACUGGGUUCGGUGGUGCAGAAACAUCAAGUGAAGCUUUGAUGAUUGGUGAGAAAUAUGCUGUUAUCGUGUCCUAUUCUGAUACAGAAAUAAACGCUACUUUACCUUCCAAUAGACCAGGAUCUUAUCCACUACAGCUCUCUGUUGGUAUUCUGGGGUUAGCUGACUUAAGAAUAAACAACAUCAGUAAUAUCAUGUACACUCUCCAAAUCACCAAUAUUUACCCAGCACAGGGUUCUUUGUAUGGUGGUACAAGGGUAACAAUUACUGGUGCAGGGUUUACAACAGAUACAUCAUUGAUAGAUAUCAAGUUUGGACCAUUUGGUUGUGCCGUAGAAAGCGCUACCACCUCUAGUAUUGUCUGUUUGAUUGAAGACACUGGUAUAGUCCACGAAAUUACUAACACUGGUAAACAUCCAGUUCAUGGAUAUGGUUACGCCUGGGAGCCCAAACAUCUGGAUGUGAAGGUUGGUGAUAAGGUCAGAUGGAUCUGGAGCUAUGCUAAAUUUAUCAACGGUGUUAAAUCGUCGAUCACACAGACUGUUAAUGCCAGUACUACAGAAGCUGUUGAAGGUGGAUUCUCUUCUGGUAUGAGGGUCAAAAACGGUGUAUUUGAACAUCAAGUGACAACAGCCGGGCGUGUUGAUUACUGGUCGGGAUAUGUAGAUGAUUUUGAUAUUAUUUACUAUCGAGGAACUCUCCAGGUCGACUCUCUGAUGUCUCACCAUAAACAGUUGGUACUGACUAUCGCAGGUCAUGAAGCUCAGUAUCUACCAGGCGGACCAGAUCCUGCAUCAUCUGAAGAAUGUCCUGGUACCGUUAGUGAAAUUCCUGAUUGUUCUGAUGCAGCACCAGCACCUUCUGAUGCUUCAACAUUCCACUUUAAAUUCUGGAGUUGUCUUUCACCGUCCGUCACCAAUAUGGACCUAAAUGUUGGUACAGGCGAUGAUGAGAUUAUCCUGUCUGGAAGUGGGUUUGGUUCGAACGCUUGUGAGAAUGAAAUCAAGCUGGGAAGCUAUGGUGGACUACAAGAGAACGUUACGUCUUCGUCUCUUACAUUCAAAGUGGACCCGGCAUCUGAGAUGCCAAUUGGUGUGAGACAGAAAUUGUCUUUAAGAGUCAAUAACUUGGGUAAUGCCUUGAUUGAUCUUACCAACGCAUCAUCCGCUAAAGACUUCGCCUUACUACCAUCGUCCUCCGGUUUAUCUCCUUUAGUUGGAUCGGUUAAUGGUGGAACUAAGAUGGUGAUUUCAGGUUCCGGAUUCCAAGGAUCAACCUCAGAUGUAUCAGUCACUGUAGACGUGUACCAAUGCGAGGUUCUGUCUGUCAUGUACAAUGAAAUCGUAUGCUCUACACCAGCUCUGUCAGAAGGUGUAUACAAUGUUUCUGCAAUCAUAUCCGUAAAUGGUAGCCCUUUCCCAGUGUCAUGUACUGGCUGUAUAUUUGAAUACUCUGAAAGCAGCACCCCGAAUGUGACCGAUGUAAACAAUACAGUUGUGAACGGUCCCACAACACUUACAAUUACUGGUUCAAUGUUUAAUGGCAGUAUGGUCACUGUUAUGAUUGCUGAUGAGAUUUGUGCUGUCACGUCUUUCUCUGAUACUGAAAUCGUUUGCAAUAUCAACGGAUUACCUAACGGCAAUCAUCCUUUAGAGGUGUAUAUUGGUGGGAAAGGUAAAGCAACGUCUUCAAUAAUGAUCAGCAGCCCAGCUGAUAUCACCAGCAUUGCACCAGCCAUAGGAAGUAUUCAUGGAGGUCUCGAUAUUACCAUUGCUGGUAAUGGCUUUACCACUAUAGAUGAUACGAGCGUCAUGAUCAACAGCCAGCCAUGUCCUCUGAAGUCAGUGUCCGUGUCAAUGAUUGUAUGUACUACUCCAGCCAAUUCGGAAAUGACAGCUGCAGUAGCUGUAACCUCCAACAGCCAAGUUUACACCGUUAGUCAAACGUUCGCAUAUGCCAAUAACAAGUCUGUUGCGAUUACUGAAAUCAGUCCAGUUUCUGGAUUUGCUGGUGAUUCGGUUACCAUAACUGGCACUGGAUUCAAUGGCGACCAGAGUAAAAACUCAGUCAGCUUCAAUGGUGUUGAAUGUACUGUUACAGCAUCAUCGUUAACCAGUAUCACCUGUACAUUAGGAAACGUUGCUGCUGGGCCACAUUCUGUCAUAGUGAUGAACUCAGACACCGGUCUUAGUGAUGAUGAUACAACCUUCACUUACCAAAUGAUUGCUUCUUCAUUAUCUCACAUCUCAGGUAGCGUAGCUGGAGGACAAACUCUGACGAUCACCGGAAGUGGUUUUGUAACAGCUUCUAUGGUGGUGACUAUCUGUGGUGAGGCAUGUGCGUUGGAUCUAGAAGCAUCUCAAACAUCAUCAUCUUAUGUUUGUAUUACACCACCUUCCACAACUGUAGUCAGCUUAAAUAAACAAUGUGAUGUAGUGGUACAACAAGAUGCAAUAACCCAGACAUUAAGCUAUUCCUACGACAAUGCCAUCACCCCUGAGAUUACUGGUGUGUCACCUUCUCGAGGCGGAACUGCUGGUGGCACAAGGCUGACUAUUACCGGAACAGGAUUCGGGUCAAUAAGUGCAGAUAUGUCUGUAACAAUAGAUGGUUAUGUAUGUCCAGUUGAAUCUGUUAACGAAACCCAGAUUGUCUGUAUUACUGGUGCUGGUAAAAGUUCUGAUACUAAAGUUAAUAUUGUUUUUGCUGAAAUAGGAAACGCUAAACAGACUAGUGCAGCAUUCUAUUAUAUAGACGUUUGGUCCUCUCAGUACACAUGGGGUAACAAUCCACCACCGGUAGCCGGAGACCUAGUCGUUAUCCCUGCUAAUCAGACUAUAUUACUAGACACUGAUACACCUGUAUUGAAGAUGUUGAUUAUACAAGGAGGUAAACUGAUAUUUGAUGAGAAAGAUGUGGAAUUCAGAGCGGAGUAUAUUCUGAUCGUGGACGGUGGUGUACUAGAGGUGGGAACAGAAGAGAAACCGUUCGAACAUAAAGGUAUCAUCACACUGUUCGGACAUCAGAGAUCCAAGGAGUUACCUAUCUAUGGAGCUAAAUGUCUGGCUGUUAGAGAAGGAACGCUGGAUUUACAUGGCCGCCCUACUCACGUGACAUGGACUCGGUUAUCGGCGACUGCAGAUGUUGGUGCUACUGAGUUACAAUUACAAGUACCUGUGGAGUGGCAGGUUGGAGACUAUAUAGUUAUUGCUACAACAGGUCAUAGGCAUUCGCAGAGAGAAACCGAGAAACGUCAAAUAACAGCCAUCAGCGCCGAUAAACUGACUCUGACGUUAGAUCAAGCUCUGGAAUACAAACAUCUGGGGAUAUCAGAGACAUUUGCUGGUCAACAAGUUGAUUUUAGAGCGGAAGUCGGUUUGUUAACUCAUAAUGUCGUAGUUAGAGGAAGUAGGCUGACCUCCUGGGAAGAGACUAUUGAGGCUUGUCCUGAUGGUUUCGACACCGGUGAGUUCGCCACACAGACAUGCUUCCAGGGACGAUUUGGCGAAGAGAUGGGAAGUGAUCAGUUUGGAGCUCAGAUCAUUAUGCAUCCUCCAAGGCGGGAUGAAGAUCUUGUAAUUGGUCGAUUGAGUUAUAUUGAAGUCAACUAUGCCGGACAAGCCUUCCGUUUGGGACGAUAUCCUGUCCAUUUCCAUCUGAAUGGAGUCAUGUCGAAAUCGUAUGUCAGAGGCUUGGGUAUUCAUGAAACGUUCAACCGUGCUGUUAAUGUCCACAACACCCACGAUCUACUGAUAGAACACACUGUCAUCUACAAUAUCAUGGGAGGUUCCUUCUUCUUGGAGGAUGGUAUAGAACAUGGGAAUAUCUUUCAGUACAACUGUGCUCUGUUCACAAGAUCGAGCUCAUCUCUACUCAACGACGAUGUCACACCUGCAGCCUUCUGGGCUACCAAUCCCAACAAUACCUUUAGACAUAAUGUAGCCGCUGGUGGAACUCAUUUUGGUUUCUGGUAUAGAAUGGAAGACCACCCAACUGGCCCGUCCAAAACCUUUUCAGUCUGCCCUAAACAUGUUCCAGUUGCAGAGUUCAGGAAUAACACAGUCCAUUCUCAAGGUUGGUUUGGAUUGUGGAUCUUCCCAGAUUACUUCCCACGAGUUGAUGGAUCUUGUUCAAAGAGUGCUGCAACUACCCCAGCAGUAUUUGAAAGUCUGUUUGCAUGGAACAAUGAAAAGGGUGCUGAAUUUGUUAACUUUGGAGCUGCACAGUUGAAAGAUGCUAUAUUGGUCAACAAUGAGUUUGCUGGAUUUGAAGGAAAACUGGUCAAAGAGUCACCUCAAUAUUCUGACGAAGGUGCCUUGUUAAGCGGAGGGCUGAUUGUCGGUAAGAGUGAUAAUCUGGACAUUGAGAAGGGUACCUGUACCACGGGAGGAACGGUUUUGCCAUACAAUAAUGGAUUCCACGUAAAAGAUGUAACAUUCGCUAACUUUGCCUCGAGUGAUUGUUCGGCAUUCAGAUUCACGUCCAUAGACGGAACUUGUACAGACAAGUGUGGUGGUUUCAGUUACAAAGUCAGUGGACUCAACUUUGAGAAUGCGGACAGAAAAGUUUUAUGGAGAUGGUUACACGAAGGUUCUAUCACUGACUUAGAUGGAUCAUUGGCAGGACAAGCUGGUUAUUCACUUGUACCCUCCAUGGACACACUGGACCCUGCGAAAUGUUCUUACCACGCCGAAUCAAGUCUGGGCAGCAUCAAUGGAAGUCUGUGUCACUCAGAUAUUAAGUUCCACAGAUUUGCCUUCAACAAUAUCCGACCUACAUCUCUAGAAGGGAAGGAAGUGAACAUGACGAACGAGUUCGGAUCUGUGACUGCACCCUUCAUGACGAAAAGGAUCUCCCACAAACCUGGUUGGGUGAUCAUUUUACCAGGAGAACAAUCCUAUAAGUUUGAGUUUGUAAAUGGUGAACAGUUAACCAACACCAGCUUUACUGGAGUCUUUUACCAAUUUGAGAAUUCAGAAGCUAUCAUCAUGAGUCAGAAGGUUGAUAAGAAGCCAGAUAGGUUUAUAAUUGAUGGAUCCACACCCCGUGUUCAAUCUGAAACAGCUCUGAAUGUAGCAUCUAACAUUGAUGGUGACUGGAAAUAUGAUUCAGUUGAGCGUACUGUCAGCUAUGUUGUAUCUGGUAACAAAGGUGAAUCCCGUAAGAAGAGAGCAGUCAUAACGACGUCUGAUGAUCGUAACUAUAAUUUGAAAAUCAUCAAGUGUUACUACAAGGAUUGUAUUCCUCCGCCGGAUGUUCUGGAUGUCUUCACCACACCCAAUGUCACGUACAACUGGUCUGAUCCCGUCACAUGGGAAGAACUGGAUAGACCCAAGCCAGUAGAAGGUGAUGACGUCACCAUUCCUAGAGAUUUCUGGAUAAUCAUGGACGAAUCUCCACCUAAACUUGGCAAAUUGAAUGUAGAAGGAGGUCUGGAGUUCCAGAACGACGCAGCCAGUGAUUUGGUACUGGAGGCUGAUCUGAUCUAUAUCAAAGGAAGAUUCGUGGUAGGUUGGGAUCACACACUGUUUGAAGGGAAAGCUGAAAUAAUCCUGCACGGGAAUCAGAGUGUGCCAGCCUAUCCUGUAAGUGAUGGACCUGCUCUUGGCUCAACAUUCAUUGCUGUAUUUGGAGGUUUGGAAGCUCACGGAUUGGAUCACGGUGUACAAUGGACACGAUUAUCAGAAACGGCGAAUGCUGGAGGGAAUCAGAUCAAACUACAGGAAGCUGUAACGUGGGCAGUAGGAGAUGAGAUAGUUAUAGCACCAACAUCUUACAGUGUCUGGCAUACAGAAACUUUCACUAUAACUGCUGUCUCGGCAGAUAUGAUGACUUUAACUCUGAAUUCAUCAUUAGCAUUUAACCAUAUUGGUGAGUUGGUGGUUUAUAUAUAUUCUGAAACACUGGCAACUGGACAAUCAUAUACAUUGGCAGCAGAAGUCGGCCAUUUAACACGAAACAUUAAAAUACGAGGUGCACAGUAUCCCGCUAUGGAGGACGAAUCAUUUGGAGCCAGACUGGUUGUUGGUAGAACAGCAGAGAGCACUAAAUCUUAUGUCGGUUUUGCUCGUAUCUCAAAUGUAGAGUUUGUAAACACUGGGCAGGAAGGUUUCACUGACUCGUACGAUCCUCGCUUCUCCGUCUCCUUUAUGGACGUGGUGAUGAAGCCUGGUAUGCCAUCCUACAUCAAGAUGUCAGCUUUCCAUAAUGGAUUCUCACCAGCUAUUGGUGUAUUUGGAACUAAUGAUCUACUGGUGGAGAAGAAUAUCGUCCAUCGUACUGUUGAAUCUGGUAUCAUAUCUAACUCUGCUAGAACAAGUAUCAAGGGUAACCUGUUGCUAUUGAAUCAAUGGUCUGGUAGCUACCAAGACAGAUUUGAAACCAAAAACAUUCGUUACCAAGGAAGUAUUGAACUUAUUGAUGCCAUUACACCUAUCCUGAUAGAUAAUGUUGUGGCUGGUUCCGAACGAAUCGGUUAUCACGUUCUUGGUGAAUCUUGUUCUGGGUCUGGAGUAGAAGCUUGGUCCGGUAAUCAAGCUCAUACUAGUCUGAUCGGCGUGGGUAUACUUCCCACUGAUCCUACAUUGAGUGCCUCCUGCGUCCAAUUCUCUAAUUUCAUGGUGUGGAAGAACGGUGAUUUUGGUAUCUAUUAUAACAGUGAACGUAGUGUAGAAGUCAAGGGAGUUGUAGCUGCUGACAAUCAAGUCGGAAUCUUCACCUUCGUGGUCGGUCCGUCAGCCGUGGGUCAUGUGUUUGGUGACAAGAUGGCGGCGAUAGAAGACACUCUAGUUAUUGGCCACACACCAUCGUUUGACUGUGCUGUGGAUCGUCUUGACCCUACUGAUGCUAACGUAGAGUUGAGUGAACAAGGAAGAAGUUUUGGUAAUGGAACGGGCGGAGUUGUCGGUAUGUCCACCACGACGUUUAACCAAGGAUCCAAUAAUGCUCCAGAGAAGAAGUUUAUCAACAUCAUGGCCUAUAAUUCUAUUAAUGGCUUGAUGACAAUUGACAAUGUAACGUUCGCCAGAUUUGCCCAAUAUUGUAGUACAGACUAUGAUUACUGUAUCACUACCAAUCCUAGUAACGAUGAUGCUCACCAUCCUACAGAAACCAGUAAUCUUAGAUUCACUCAAGUAGGAGAGGAUAAUAAGAUAUAUUUCCAUAUACCGAGUGUAAGUAAAAUCAACUCUGCUGACUGUGUUGACAUGGAUUGCGAUGGAUUAAAGAAGAACUUGAUAACAGAUAUAGACGGUAGUUUACUUGGUACUAAUGGCACAGUAAUAGCUUGGUCUGAAUAUCAAUGGGAUGGUGAUAGACGUCGUGGACUAGGUGAUUACAGAAUACCAAAUGUCUUACUCAGUGAUGGAAAUGGUGACUUACGUGAUGUUUCAGCAUUUGCUCCUAAUAAAGGUUUAAUAAGAAACGAUCAGUGUAUAUUCCAUGAUUACUGGCGAGCCUAUGAGUGUCACGAUAUUGAGCAUAAGAUCCUGAUUAUUGAGAAUAUGGACGAAGAUACAGAACUCAGAAGAAUUUCUCCAGUCGCUGUCUUGAGCGAAGGGUACCUAGAUUUGAUCAAUGGACCCCAGGAUCAUGGCUGGUGUAGUGGCUAUACUUGUCGUAAACGAAUAUCAACAUUCCAAGCUAUGACUGCUAUAGAUAAAUUCCACGAUAUUUAUUUCACUGGAACAACCCCACAACAUCUGAGGUUUUAUUUACUGGAUACAGAAAGUACUCAGGGUAUCCGAGUCGGAGUUUGGUACGCUACGCCUAACAGACUGGACGUACAUGUGAAUGGUCAGUAUGUUGUGCCUAACAAUGGAGAAAUGAAAGAUGGUAGAUUGGUGCUGAAACCGUCAUCGACGUCUGUGGAAUUCAUGCCAGCAGUCUCCCAACCAUCAGGAUCAAAUUAUGUGAAAAGAGACGAAAAUAUGAUGUUUUUCGUCAUUAAAGGUUCUGAUCGUAUUGAUAUUACUCUAGCCUCAGUCGUUGUCGUGAGUUUCAGUUUACCAGAAAUGACAAUUGAUGAGUUCUUUGGAGAAAACCUCAUCCAAAACAUGGCUGCUUUCCUUGGUGUUGAUCCCAGGAAGGUUCGUAUUGUGGAUGUUGUCAGAGAAGACAGUGGUAGCAGACGCAAAAGACAGACUGGGUCCAUAAAACUGAUCAUAGAAAUUGGCGACGAACCAGACGAUCCAAAUCCCUUACCGUUUGCUACUUUAGAAAAAGCAUCGGAAGCAAUUGCAGUUGAAGCACAAGCUGGUUCCUUUGAUACUAUUGUCAACGCAACAGUAUUAGGGGUGUCGACCAUAGAACCUACACCGCCAUUGACAGACCCCAACUGGGCUAAUGCCACUAAAGAAGUGGUAGAACGAGAAGUUGUGAAGGUUGACAGUAUGGAGUUUCUUGAACCAGUCGUACCGGGUAUUGAACAACAGAUUAUGGCAACUGCACCCAGAAUUGAAGUCUUUGAUGUAAACGUAAGUAUAGCUCAUUUUCGGAUUUCAAUCUGCAAUAUUCAUCUACUACUAUACAACUUCUGUAGCAACCCUAGUGCGAGAUUAAAUGGAAUGAAGACCUUAACCUUUGUAGAUGGUUGGGCCAACUUUACUGACCUAUCGAUCUCUCACCCUGGUACAGGCUACAUCGUUGAUUUCAAGGUUACCUCCCCUGCCGGUGCCAGUAAUAUGGUCCUCUCGACUCCCAAUUUAACUGUAGCAGCCAGAGAUGUCAGCUUUGAUAUGGUGUCUAUCGCAAACAGCGAGGAAGAUCGUCAGAAUCUGACUGUAAUAUUGGAACUACUGGAUAUGGAUCAAGAGUCUGUGCUAUCAGACAUCAGCUGGAGAGUAAGUUUUCACAUGUUUUUUUUCUAUAUAUGGAAGACGUAA